CUGCAGCUCUGAGCUUCUUCUUCUUCUUCACUUGGAUUUUAUUCAAACACAGAAAAUAAGAAGAUUCAAAACCAAAGUCCAGAAAACAGAAGUGUGACCGCUCCACAGGAAGAGCGCUUUAUUGUGAAGGUCCGCAGAGGAGACAACACAGCGCUUCUCACUGCUGCUGCAGGAUGUGAGGGAACCACAACAAGAAACCUCUCCGCUGGAAACUGGAGGCCGCCCCUCGUCUCAUCUGAGCAGCAACAGGUUUAAAGAUCCACAGCAGAGACGCUGCUGCAGACCAACAUGGCCCUGUUCUUCUCUGGAGCUGUGACGAGUUCACCAAUUAAACGAAGGUUGCGGGCGAAUCACUCCUGUCAGAGCCUGGACGUGUCUCUCCUCUCUCCCGACUCCUCCUACGUCUGUUACUCCUCGGUGGACGGCGGUGACCCCAGCUGCUGCCGCCGCUCCCCGCGCCUCCUCACCAACGGGUACUACAGCGUCACAGAGGACAGCUUCUCCUGGGACGAGGACGGGAACGUGUCUCUGACGCCCUGCAAAACCAACGUGUCCUACAAGGAGAACCUGGUCAGGGUUUUCCGCCGUAGACGGAGGCCUCGCAGCUCGUUGGCCCGCCUCCUCAGUGACGUCACAGAGAGCUGCCAGUCGUGGCUGGGUGAGAAAGUCUUCAGAGGCGUCUUCGGAAAGGGACCAAACCAGAACCGGGACCAGGACCGAGAAGACGAGCAGGGUCCCACCUGGGCCACGAGCAGCCAGCAGGUCCUCCUGGACGAGUCCUCCUGGGUCGGGUUGGGCAGCACCGAGCUGGAAGAGAGCCGCAGCUUCACUUACGACCCGACAGAGAUCCAAUCCUGUCCUGACAAAGGGUCUCCGCCCCCGAGGCUGCUGGUCAAGGAGGAGAUUUGGUCUGAGAUCUGUCAAUCAAAGGAGCAGUUCGCCCAGUCAUCGGGUGGACUGUCAGAGGUCCCGCCCACUUCUGCUCUCUUCACCAAUGCCUGCUGCUGUCAGGCGUCACCUGAGCACACGGGGUUAACAAUGAAGGCCUUUCUCCUCCUCCUCUUCUCCGUCUUCAUCUUCUCAACUCUUUACUCGAGGUGUUUGUGGUGGAGCUCGACUGUUACUUCAACCGUGUUCAUGGCGAUCACAACUUUUAUGUUCCUGACGAAGUCGGGGCCGAUGGGCGAGUGGAGGAGGGCGAAGACGGAGGACAUCACAUCCAGAAAUGAGUAAACGAAGACACGGAAGAUAAUUUAAAACCGAAGGAGAGAAAGAGGAGAAGUUCUGAUGGAAACUCUGUCAAAAUAUUUAUCCUUUCACUAAAUGUUUGCAUGUGAGUUGCUCUUAAAAGACCAAGUUAUUCUGAGCUCCGGAAAACAUUUCAUAGCAACAACUGUUUGACUGGGAAACCUUAGAUGAGCCGAAAUGAAACAAAAGCUUUUAGAUUUAAGCUUUAAAUUUAAAAGAAAACUGCUGGAAAAAUCGGUGUGAUGUUGUUUCAUAUUUGAUAUCAAGUCCUCCCUGAAGGUCUCUGAAUAUUAAAGUCAGGUGGACGCCAGAGAAAAAUCCCAAAAAAUUGGAAACGAUGAACCAGGAGAAGCAGAAUCAGUUUGACAGUUUGUUUCUGAUGAAAUGAUGAAGGAACUCGAUCAACAUGGAGACACGAGUCACUGUAGUUUAGAUGGGAGAUGAAUAUAAUCAUCCGAAUGUCACUGAUGUAUUUUUAAAAGACUGUAAACACACAUUCUGUUGAUCUUAGCUGAACUUGUUUGGGUCCAAAGUGACAAAACGUCAGAUGUUCAGUGUCUGAGAAGAAAUUCUGCAGCAAAAGAAAAGAAGAAAGAAACAGCAGUGAAGCUUCACGUCUAUUUAAAAAAACACAAACGCACAAAACGUUCUAGUUUAUCUAGGGAUGAGGGAUAGUGAUCAUUAUCGAUAUUUACACUCAAUCAUCAAACUCACUUUAAUCAAGCUGAUGGUUUAAUGUAAAACAAAGUGAAGCCGUGAAUAGAGCAGGGCCCGAGGACAGAGCCUUGUGGGACACCUAGUCUAAAUGUCAUAGCACCUGAUCUUUGAAUCACUGCUUGUUUAAUUCAGGUUAGUGGGUUCAGGACCAUUCUCCAUAUUCACGGUAGCUGAACCAUCGAACUCACUUUAAUCAAGCUGCUGCUUUAAAGGGUUAAAGUGGCAUCGUGUUGCUUUAAAACUGCAUCAGGUCGGAUUUUAGUGUGAAACUGAAAAUUCUGACAAAACUUAACAUCCCAGGCAGGACAAAAAAGCCCAUCAGCAUUUAUUCAUGAGUCCAGUGGUAAACAGGUCAGUGUGAAGGCUUCUUCUUGUUCAGACGGUGAUGCAGGGAUUUCAGAUGAAGCAAUAAUUAAAGAAAACACUUGAUUGAGUGGGUUGAGUUUUAAAACCUCAGCAAUGAGCUGGGAGAGAGAAACACAAAAUCAGGGAUUUGACCUUUGUUGGAUUCAUUCUGUCAUUGAAAAUGAUUAGUCAUCUAAAAGUGUCCAGUGUCUUCAUCAUGAAAACGAGUGUAGAAGUGAAGCUGGGACCAAACUAACAAGCUCUGUGCCGAGUGGCUUUAUAAGGUUCUGGACUUUAUGAAGUUUCAUACUUUCAAUCACGUUAGGAUCUGAUACGUUCAACUGAAGGAAACUUCAUUUCUGUUCAGACGCUGCGUUUCGCUCACAUGGGAUUUACCACCAACCCUGACUUCUACUGUUCAAAGGUCAAUAAAGU